UCCUUUCUGUUUGGUUUGUAAAUCUCGAGGUUGUGGCUUGUCUCUUCCGAUUGAAACUGUUUUGGCUCGAUUGGAGCUCUGAUUUAAUGAGAAUCGUGUUAGAUCUGUGAAUCGUGUUCUUUUUCGGUUUUGAGAUUUUUUAACAUCUUUUUAUAUGCGACUGGGGUAUGGAUUGUUUGGAUUAAUCGAUGUAAACAUUGGAUUUUGGCUUCUGGUUUAGCAUUAUAGGGAUUUUGGGUUGUGUUUGGAGUUUUGUGAUUUGUGGGUUUUGGUUGAAGGUAAAGCUUUUAUCUUCCUAGCUUAGAUUUGUUGAAAGUUAAUAAUCUAUUUGAUGUAAAUUGUCUUGCGCAUUAUAUAUAACAGAUUCUAUACCCAAUUACUAGAUGGGGGGAGAGGGUAUCAGAAUCAUCAAUUCAAGCCCACAUUCUUCGGUAGACUUUGACAAGAUUCUGCUUAGGGUUUGAUAAGAUCCACUCAAGCCACGAGUCUUUAACACUGAUGGAACCAUUCCAUUUUGGGAUAUAAGUUUAUUUGCAAUACAAACAUGUCCCAAUACCAGGGGGAUGAAAUGGAUUACAUGGCAGAUGAUUUUGAAAUGGCGGAAGUGGAUGAUGAUGUGUAUUUCCGUGGUAGAUUCAUGGGUGAUUCAGAGUCUGAUGACGAUGACGAUGAAUACGAUCAUUUGGACAAUAAGAUAACAGAUACAUCUGCUGCAGAUGCUAGGAGAGGAAAGGAUAUCCAGGGAAUUCCUUGGGAGAGACUGAGCAUUUCCCGUGAGAAGUACAGACAAACUAGGCUAGAUCAAUACAAGAACUAUGAAAACAUCCCUCAGUCGGGAGAAGGUUCAGAAAAGGAAUGCAAGCCAACAAAGAAGGGGGAAAUGUAUUAUGAGUUUUGGCGCAAUACAAGAUCUGUGACAUCAACUAUCCUUCAUUUUCAAUUGCGGAACUUGGUUUGGUCAACCACAAAACAUGAUGUCUAUCUUAUGUCACAUUUCUCAAUUGUUCACUGGUCAUCCUUAAGUUGCAAGAAGACUGAAGUUCUUAACGUUUCUGGUCAUGUGGCACCAUGCGAGAAACACCCUGGGAGCCUCUUGGAAGGAUUUACUCAAACUCAAGUUAGUACACUGGCAGUACGCGAUAAGUUGUUGAUUGCUGGAGGGUUCCAGGGAGAACUUAUUUGUAAGCAUUUAGAGCGACCGGGAGUUAUCUUCUGUUACAGAACAACUUAUGAGGAUAAUGCAAUUACAAAUGCAGUUGAGAUUUACGAUUGUGCCAGUGGUGCAGUUCAUUUCAUGGCUUCAAAUAAUGACUGUGGAGUUAGAGAUUUUGACAUGGAGAAAUUCCAGCUUACUAAGCAUUUUAGUUUCCCUUGGCCAGUGAAUCACACCUCACUGAGUCCUGAUGGUAAGCUUGUUACCAUUGUUGGCGACAACCCGGAGGGACUACUAGUAGAUUCUCAAACUGGAAAGACCAUCACGCCUUUGUGUGGACAUUUGGAUUUCUCAUUUGCUUCUGCAUGGCAUCCUGAUGGCCGCAUCUUUGCCACUGGGAAUCAAGACAAGACCUGUCGUAUUUGGGAUGCUAGAAACUUGUCAAAAUCUGUUGCUGUUCUCAAGGGCAACUUAGGAGCCAUUAGAUCAAUUCGUUUUACAGCUGAUGGGCAAUUUAUGGCGAUGGCAGAGCCAGCUGAUUUUGUGCACGUCUAUGAUGUGAAAAAUGGAUUUGACAAAGAGCAGGAGAUUGACUUUUUCGGGGAAAUCUCUGGUGUGUCUUUCAGCCCUGAUACCGAAUCUCUCUUCAUAGGAGUGUGGGAUCGCACCUAUGGAAGCCUCCUCCAGUACAACCGAUGCAGGAAUUACGCAUAUCUGGACUCCUUUCUGUGAUUUAACACGUGUAUACCUAGUCGUGGGUUUGCGCUGGAAAUUUGCAUGCAUGUCCUAUGAAUGUGAGGAUGUUGGAUCCGACGUUAUUGUAAGUGAACAAAGGUGACAUACCUCAUGUUAUGCCAGUGGAAGAGGGUGCUGAGAAAGAGAAUUCAACUUAUUUGUUUCAUGCUAUGGUACAUGGGUUUAAAUAAUGCUGGCGGCAGGGAAGUUGGAAGGCUGGACAUGGGGUGUAAGUUCUAGUCAGGUUUGUAAAAUAAUGGAUAAAAAUGUAGGGAGGCUUGGGAGUGUAUUUGUUUAGGAGAACUGAUCACAGCAUAAUUAAGACUCGGGGUCAUUAUUGUUAAUAACAUUCCCCACACCUUCAACCCC